AUGCCCACGGUCCGCAAGCUGCGCAUCAGCACGAGACACCUCACCGAGGGGCAAAAGGUGAGGAUCCUGCUGCCGUGCAAGUGCCGCCAAGGCGAUCGCGGGCACAUCGCGAUCGUCAAAGUCGCGUGCCCUUCCAUGACCUUUGUCUGGGACGAGGAGGACUGCGCGCUCCGACUGGAAGAGAGGAAGCAGCUGACCGAGGCGCUGUGCAACGAGACGAAGAACGGCAACAGCCAGCGGGUCGCCGACCUGCUGUCGCAGGGCGCGCACGCGUUCGGCGUUGAGCGGGGGAAGCGCUCUCCGAUGCACGAGGCAGCGACGUACGCGCCCUGCCUGAUCGAGCUCCUGCUCGGCAAGGGCCCGCUCUACUUUGUCUGCUGCGCCCUGCGCGACGCCUCCGAGGGCGACAAGGCGACCCUAAUCGCGGGCGGGAGGGAGCUGCUCGCCCGCUCGCCCGACCCGCGCGCCGAGGUGAGCUACGCACAGAAGAAGGGCUACACGCCGCUGAUGGAGGCCUCGGAGAGUGGCAGCGCCGACCUCGUCGAGCCGAUGCUCGAGGCGCUCGCGGCCGCCGAGGCGCUGGGCGAGGUGGACAAGCAGGACAAGAGCGGGAUGAGCGCGUUGCACUGGGCGGCGCAGUCGGCGCCAGACGAGGAGAUCGAGAAGACGGAGGCCAGGCGGCCGCCGAGGAAGCCUCCCCCCAAGCGGCCGCACUCCGCGCUCGGCGGAUCGGCGCUUGGGCGGCGCGUCGAGGCGCGAGUUGGCGAGGGCGGCGGUGCCGGCGAGGCACGAGGCGCCGCGUCUGAGCCUGGCCCGAGUCGCGCCCGGCCGACGGCGCAGAGCAAGCUGGUGCGCCGGAGCUCGUCGCCGGUGGUGCCCCGGCCGGCGCUCGGCGAGGCGCAAGUCCGCGAGUGGCACGCGAGGGCCAUCCACACGCUGAAGCGCGCCGGGCAGGGCGAGGCGCUCGCGGCGCUCGCCAAGUUCCUGUACGACGCGGAGGCGGCCGCGCCGUCGCUGCGAGAGCUCGCUGGGGCCGGGCUGCUGAAGCCGGCUUCGGUCCUGCACGUGCUCGCCGGGCCGCCGAGCAAGCUCGUCAAGGGCCUCGCUGUCGAAGGGAAGCCAAACUACCCGAAGAUCCAAAAGCGGGACGGCGCCUACGAGCGCUCGCUCCUCCUCUACCAGGUCUCCGGCCCGCCGACGCGGCUGGUUUACCCGCCCGGCUGCCCGGCUCCCGAGCCGGAGGACGAAGCCGCCUUGGAGGCGGCCGCGAGCGCCGCGAGCGCUGCCGUCAGCGCCGAGCUCGACAAGGCAGCUUGGCCGACGGCGACGCGCCAGAUGGUUGCGCUGUGGUGGGCGCGCGCGGCUCGGCCUCACGCGAGCGCCGAGGCUCAGCUCCGCGUGGCGCGCGGGCUGUUUGAGCGCGGGCGGUUCGAGAACGUGCCCGGAGAGUUCGCGCAGUGCUCGCUCGUGCAGCAGCUCCGAGACGUGCUCGUGUCGCUUGACCCCAAGGUCGAGAUCGCGUCGGCAGUCGGCCCAGGCGGCCAGUCGGUGGAGCCGCCCCUGUUUGUGUACGCCUCGGAGCAGGUCUCCUUUGACGUGCUGCCGCCCUUGCCGCGCAAGCAGAAGCCCGUCCCCGCUCAGCUCCCGGGCGCGGCGGGCGUGGAGAAGAAGCUGCGCCUCUUCCUGACCAAGUGCUCGGAGUCGUCCGCAGUGUGGGGCGUGCAGGCCGCAGAGGACAUCCGGCAAGACGAUUUUGUGUGCGAGUACGUCGGCGAGCUCAUCAGCCCCGAGGAGGAGGGGCGCCGGACGCGGCUGCACGAGCGCGUCGGCGACUACGUCUUUGAGCGCGGCUCCGCCUCGAGCGAUCAGUUCGUCGACGGAUUCGCCGUGCGGAACGUCGGCGCCUUCAUCAACUUUCGGUGCGACCCCAACCUCGUGGUGAGGCCGCUCAAGUCCUACUUCGACCCGGACGGCCGCUGGUGCCGCUUCGGCUUCUUCGCAAAGAAGGACAUCAAGGAGGGCGACGAGGUCGGCUACCUGCGCGACCCGGGCGCCACGACCCGGAGAAAGUACUCUGAGAAGAAGUGCCUCUGCGGCGCCACCGAGCGAGGCGAGGUCAAGUGCCGCGGCUGGCUGUGA